CGGCCGGCUGCAGCCGCCACGUCAGCGCAUGCGCGAGUGCGGGUGAGAGGUCGGCAAGAUGGCGGCGGCCUCGUCAGUGGAUGAGGCGCCGGACAACGAGGACUAUUACUCGCUGCUGAACGUGCGGCGGGAGGCCUCUCAGGAAGAGCUGAAAGCCGCGUACCGUAGGCUGUGUAUGCUUUACCAUCCUGACAAGCACAGGGACCCAGAGCUCAAGAGGCAGGCCGAGCAGCUCUUCAACCUUCUCCAUCAGGCUUAUGAAGUGCUCAGUGACCCACAGACGAGAGCCAUCUAUGACAUAUAUGGAAAGAGAGGCCUCGAAAUGGAAGGAUGGGAGGUGGUGGAAAGGAGGAGGACACCUGCUGAGAUCAGGGAGGAAUUUGAGCGUUUGCAGAGAGAGAGGGAAGAGAGGAGGCUUCAGCAGCGGACUAACCCCAAGGGGACAAUUAGCGUUGGAAUAGACGCCACUGACCUCUUUGAUCGGUACGAUGAGGAGUACGAAGAAGUGCCAGGGAGCAGCUUUCCCCAUGUUGAAAUCAACAAAAUGCACAUAUCGCAGUCCAUUGAGGCUCCACUGACGGCCACAGACACUGCGAUAUUGUCAGGAAACCUCUCAACGCAGAACGGGAAUGGAGGCGGCUCUGUGAACUUGGCUCUGAGGCGUGUGACAUCUGCCAAAGGCUGGGGAGAGAUAGAGUUCGGAGCUGGAGACCUCCAGGGGCCUUUGUUUGGCCUGAAGGUGUUUCGGAAUCUUACACAAAGAUGCUUUGUCACGACAAACUGUGCGCUGCAGUUCUCCUCCCGAGGGAUCCGCCCGGGCCUUACAACUGUCCUGGCAAGGAACCUGGACAAGAACACCAUGGGCUACUUGCAGUGGCGCUGGGGCAUUCAGUCGGCAAUGAAUACAAGCAUCGUCCGGGACACCAAAACCAGCCACUUCACGAUGGCGUUUCAGCUGGGCAUCCCUCACUCCUUCAUGAUGGUCAGUUACCAGCACAAGUUUCAGGAUGAGGAUCAGACGCGAGUGAAAGGAUCUCUCAAAGCUGGUUUCUUUGGGACCAUUGUGGAAUAUGGGGCAGAGCGGAAAAUCUCCAGGCACAGCGUCCUUGGAGCCACCGUCAGUGUUGGCGUACCCCAGGGAGUCUCUCUGAAAAUCAAGCUGAACCGAGCCAGCCAGACCUACUUCUUCCCCAUCCACUUGACGGACCAGCUGCUGCCUAGCGCGGUCUUCUACGCCACGGCGGGGCCUCUCGUCAUCUACUUUGCCAUGCACAGGCUCAUCAUCAGGCCCUACCUGAAGGCACAGAAGGAGAAAGAAUUGGAGAAGCAGCGGGAGAGCACGGCCAGCGACACUUUGCAGAAGAAGCAGGAAGCAGAAGCUGCAGUGCGGCUGAUGCAGGAAUCUGUCCGGAGAAUUAUUGAGACGGAAGAAGCCAGGAUGGGCCUGAUUGUGGUGAAUGCCUGGUACGGGAAAUUCGUCAAUGACCAGAGCAGAAGGAACGAGAAGGUGAAGGUCAUAGACGUGACUGUGCCCUUGCAGUGCCUGGUGAAAGACUCCAAGCUCAUCCUUACAGAAGCAUCCAAGGCCGGCCUGCCUGGGUUCUACGACCCUUGUGUCGGGGAAGAUAAGAGCCUGAAAGUCCUCUACCAGUUCCGAGGAGUCCUGCAUCAAGUGAUGUCUGGCGACAACGAGGCCCUUCGGAUACCAAAGCAGUCUCACCGGAUUGAUGCAGACAGCUAAUCUGGUGGGGAAGAGGGCAGGUGCUGAGUUCUGUGCCCAGGGACCAGCAGAUAUGGCACCAUCUUUCCUCCCUGGAUUUGAUGACAUCUUCAGACGGGUGGGGAUGCGACUUAUUUCCUGAUCGGCGCGAAAGAAGGUGGUUUGGCACCCAACGUAACAUUGUGGGACAAAAUGAGUGGAAUCUGCUCUAACGAGACAGUGGCACCCAGACCCUGCAGCUUGACUGGCACAGCUGACGAUGGCCAGCAUUUCCAGACUGCCCCUGCCAACGCAAGGGGGUGGGCUGCAGACUAGGAGCCCCUCUUUCCCCUGCAGCAACCAGUGUCCUCUUCAGCAGGGGGAGCCUUGGGGCAGGUGGGCAAUUGGGGGGGGGCGGGGCGGGUGAGGUGUCACUCUUAUUCUUGCAGGAAGUGGAGGGGGUGGGGGCUACUUCAGGUGAAGGAGUGACCGGCCGCAUUUGCGGCCUCCUCCGCACAGACCCUUGUGGCUGCUCGGCAAUGCAAAGAACACGGUGCUCAUAUCCACGUUCCAAAAUCAAAAUGCACUUUGGGAAAUUUGUUUGUAAGCCUUUCUUUCAACAUAUUUGAAUCUUCCUGUCCAUCAUCAUCUCUCUCUCUAGCAGCUGAUAUAAUAUGAUACACUAAGAGGAACUGUUUCCCUGUCAGCUUGUCUUUGUUCCAAGCACAGCAAGAAGCUGGCCCGGAAAAGGAGUUAAAGUCACCAUAAGCGUUUUGAUGUACACAAAAGACGCCGUGCAGAUGGAGGCAGGGUGGGGAGAUGGGAGGGCCAAGUGAGUGCCAAAUCAGAGGCAAUAGCAUUCUCGAUGGAAGAUUGCUCCCACCGCAGACCAGGGGUGCUCUUGUGCUGCAAGAAAGCAACAGAGAGGUUGGAGGAGUCCCAUUUUUGGCCCUCUGUCCCUGGUGGCAAUGUAGAGCUCCUUUUACAGACACGAAGAGAGGAGGCUGGAGUUGCCUCUCUGUUAGUCCUUGGAACACCUUCCUUCAUGACAUUUAUGAAGGAUCCCUGGGGGUGUUGAAUGCCAAAACAAGCUUUUCGUCAUAACUGCUGGUUCCUGAAACACACACAGUGUGGUGCAUCCCCUGCGCCACUUUAUUUGUUUAUAUAACUGGGUUCGCCCCACUCAUUUGGAUCCAGAUCAUACCCCCCCAAUCUGUCCCCACCUCAGCUCUUACCCUAAGUAAAAUGAUAACUGAUUCCAUGAAGCCUGUUACAUCCCUCCUGCCCCCCUUUCCUCUUGAAAUUAGGUGUUGCUGCUCCUCAGUUGUUUUGUUGGACAAAUAUUUUUCUCUCGCAUCUUCCAUUGAACCAAGUUCUGGUCUAAUAAUAUCCAUCUCCUUGGUUAACCCUUGGUACCUUCAAGUAAAUAUCUUUAUUCCUGUUGACACCCCUACCCGACUGCCCCAUUCAUUUUUCCAUAUGUCAGUUAUCCCUGCUUCCUUCAGAGCUGAUGGAGUGAGAAAUACACUGUAUGGUCAUAGUAUUUAUUCCUGGAUCGCAGCGAGUUCUGGUUUCAGAAAUCUGUGACCUGGUCUCUUCAAGAACCAGAAUCAGGCUAGAAUUAACACUGGUAAGGAGCACCCUGGAAGCAGGCUUGCUUCGGCGCCUUUCAGACAAUAACCACUUGAACCUUCUGCUUUUUGAACCAGCUCAGCCUGAGCCCCCCUCCACUUCAAUCCUUCCCUGCUUUCCAAAGCCCCUGCCUUGUGUGACUGGGAAUUUUGCAAAGUGCAUGAGCCGCUGAUGAGGUCAAGAGCCUCUGGUUUCUCCUGUAACAAAUAAGGACAAUAAAAGAGACCCAUUUUCUCCGGACUGUUGGCUACUUAAAACAGGGGCACAGAAGCCUCCCAACGGGCAAGGAGGCAAAGGAUACAGCCAGACAUGCUUACUCUGAUCCUUCAGGGAGGCUAAAUGUAGUGCCUUCUGGUGACUUAAUCGGUCAUUCUAUCUUGCAACAAGGGAUCAAUCUUCCCUAACCUGUUACUCUCCAGCUGCUGUUAGGUUCUCAGCUCCCAUCAGCCAGCAUGGCCAGGGGUAAGGGAUGAUGGGAGUUGGAGUCCAACAGCAGCUACAGGGUGCUGGAGGGUGAUGGAGCCAUGGUUGGUGAUGGAGCCAUGGUUGGUGUCUGGAAAUGUGUGCAUUUUCUAUUUCCUCUGCUCCUUCCACUCCCGUAGACUAGAAGGGAAGUGGCUGCAAGAGCCACCUAGGUGCUUGAUGCUCUUCCCAUUCAUGUUCCAGGUGCUCAUAGCUCUUAGCUGGCAUACCAGUGCUCUCUCCCUCUGCAGCCGUCCUAAGCUCCAUUUCAACUGAAUUUGGUGACAAGCUUAACCUAAUAGCUAUUGGCAUUCAUGACGAUGCCCAUAAGUAGAGCCAGUUACAUAAAGGAAUCCUUUAGUCAUGUCCCCCAUCCCAUCAGGCUCAAGAAAGAUGAUGGCAGCUGUGGGGGAUGUUGCCCUUUGGCUUGGAGAUGACCCCUCUCUUACCUAACUGCGGUGGGUCUCUGCCCUUCCCAUCCCCUUACUCCCAAGCCCCCUUGUUGGAGGUUUCUGAGCCUCCAAGGUGAGUUCUUGCCUCAAGAGUGGCUUCGCUACAAAUAAUGCUUUUAAGAAACUCAAGAUUGGGGGCUUCCGGCAUUCUGCAGAUGCAGUUUCACUUCGUCCAUAUUCUGUUACCUUCUCAACAACCUCUCUGGUGGGAUAUUAUUCUCAUAUGUAUUUUAUAUGGGUGAGAGGGAGUGUGUGUAUGUGUGUGUUAGGGAAAUACCAAAACAAUAAGGACUCCUCUCAGGCCACUAGAAGUUCUGAGGCUGAAGUGUGAUCUGAGUGGAGACUACUGUCCUCUUCCACAAACAGCUCUGGCUGUAAUCACAUUAAAAUCAAGCAGAAAUAUUAACAGUGUUUGGAAUGAAGUGUUUGCGGGGGGGGGGGGGGGGGCUGAUUCCUACUGGCACUGACCAAACAUCCCUCCCUAAACCUACGAAGCUGCAUUCUGUCAUCAGACAGUUGGCGCACCUUCAUCAGCCAUGACUGUGACUUUGGCAGACUGGUCCUUUUGUUACUGGAGAUGAAGCCCCAAAGUUGGGGCCUUAAGCACUAAAAUGAGAUCCUGGUUGCAGGAUUAGACCAAGGGGGCAUCUUGUCCAGGAGCCCAUUUGCCAACAGGGUGUUCAUGACCCCCAGACAUUCCUGAUCCUCUGCAUUCAAAGCUCUCUGCUGGUUUGAGCAUUCUAGUGGAAAACUGGAUGGGCUAAAUCAAUAGAAAUUUAAUGGUGUUGAUGUAGAAUUGCUCCUCCAGACUCAGAAAACAAGAAGCAACCGUGUGCCCAGUCAGAACCUUGGUCCAGCUUUCUCAGUAUUGUCUGCACCCAGCCCUACCUGAGAUGCCAGGGAUUGAACUGAGGACUUUCUACAUGCAAAGCAAGCACUCUACCACUGAACUACCACCCAUCCCCAAUAAAGGGAAGUGCAUUUUCGCAUGUAUUACACAAAUC